AUGAAGGAUUUGGGGCCACUCCACUACUUCUUGGGAAUUGAAGUAGCUGACUCCCCCAAAGGUUACUUUCUCCCCCAAUCGAAGUAUGCUGCAAAUAUUCUUGACCGCGCUCACCUCACUGAUAGUUGGAUUGUUGAUACUCCUCUUGAGGUUAAUGCUUGCUACACUCCCACAGAUGGUAUUCCCCUACUAGAACCCACCUUGUAUCAUACUAUUGUUGGUAGCUUGGUUUGUCUAACCCUUACUCACCCAAAUAUUGCUUAUGCUGCCCACAUCGUGAGUCAUUUUGUUGCUUCACCUACAUAUGUGCAUUGGUCAGCUGUUUUACGCAUCUUGCAAUAUUUUUCGAUGGACUCUCUGUUAGAGUUUUUUAUUCUCUUCGACCUCGUCGUUGAAGCUUUGUGCAUAUUCUGA